UUUACUGUUAAAACAAAUUGUGAAAUAUCGUUAUUAAGCACACCAGGAACUAUAAAAGCUCAUCAGCAUGUCACGUCACAGGAUUGUACGUACCAUGGACUAUAACGACGAGUACGACGGCUAUGACGACGUCUACGGGCAUUCUGUGGACGACGAGUGCAUCUCGCCGACAGAUGCUCAGCAAUGGCUCUAUGAUCGGGCACGGGGACAGCAGAGUAUGUCGGCUUUCAUGAGUAAAAACAAGGACAUUAAGGAAGAGGAGGAGGAUGAGGACGACGAUGAAGCCUACCAAAAGGCAAGGCGAGAUUCUGACAACUUUCAGAUGCCAGUGCUUGAUGAGCUGGAGCAAGCCCAGCUUAGUUCCUGCGUUGACGAAGUUCGCAGUGUCGUUGGUGAUGCUGUGUCAGAGCGUCUUAUUGUGGAGACUUCCAUGCGCUUUGGUUACGAUAUACAGAAAAUACUUGAUGAAAUCUUGAACGAGGAGACCAAUAAAAAUGAGAAGAGAUCGCAGAAGUUCAAAUUGAACAAUGCACCAACAACAACAACAACAUCUAUAACGAAGGCUGCAACGAUGACCACACCGAAACCAACCUCCGCUUCGGCGGUCACUACUACAAAGGUUACAUUGUCAACACAAAAAGAAGCUCGACGUGGCUUCGACAUUGCAUCUCCAAAAACCCCUGCCUCGCCUGUGCUGUCUGGUCGAAACACGCCUGUAGACGUAAGCGGGGAUGAUGUAGCGCGCAACGCUGCAAACACUUUCAAAGUGUCCAAGGAUCAGGCUCAACGGAAUGCCAAACAACUGUACGAAAAGGAACGGGCCGACCAAAAGAGUCAAUUUCAUAUGAUUGUCAUUGGCCAUGUGGAUGCUGGCAAGAGCACUCUGAUGGGUCAUCUGCUCUACGACACUGGCAAUGUCUCACAGCGCGUAAUGCACAAGCACGAACAAGAGUCCAAGAAAUUGGGAAAGCAGAGUUUCAUGUACGCUUGGGUGCUCGAUGAAACAGGCGAGGAGCGAGCACGAGGUAUUACCAUGGACGUUGGCCAGUCGCGCAUUGAAACCGAAUCGAAAAUAGUUACACUCCUCGAUGCCCCUGGUCACAAGGACUUCAUACCAAAUAUGAUUUCGGGCGCAACACAGGCCGACGUAGCAUUAUUAGUAGUGGAUGCGACACGUGGCGAAUUCGAGUCUGGUUUCGAGCUGGGUGGACAGACGCGUGAGCAUGCGAUUCUAGUGCGUUCGUUAGGUGUCAAUCAGCUGGGCGUUGUCAUCAAUAAACUGGAUACUGUUGGCUGGUCUAAGGAGCGAUUCACAGAAAUUGUAAGCAAAUUAAAAGCGUUUCUCAAACAGGCAGGCUUUAAGGAAUCUGACGUGAGCUUUACACCCUGCUCUGGAUUGACCGGCGAGAAUCUAACAAAACGGGCACAAGAGCCGGCUUUAAUCGUUUGGUACACUGGUCCGCAUUUGCUGGAAGUUAUAGAGAAUUUUAAGAUUCCCGAUCGAGCCAUUGAUCGACCUCUGCGUAUGUCUGUGUCGGAUAUUUAUAAGGGCACUAGCUCUGGCUUCUGCAUUUCUGGGCGCAUAGAGACGGGCGUGCUGUGCGUAAAUGAUAAAGUCCUUGUUGGUGCAAGUCGUGAACAGGCCCAAGUGAAGGCCCUGACGAUAGACGAGCUGUCGCAGUCGAAUGUUUUUGCUGGCGAUCAGGUAGCCGUUACGCUAGCAGGCGUGGAUGUAAACAAUAUCACAGUUGGCUGCAUCAUAUGCGACCCGCAGACGCCCAUACCAGUGACAACACGCUUCCAGGCGCGCAUAAUUGUUUUUAAUGUAAAGGUGCCAAUUACAAUGGGUUAUCCAGUGUUAUUGCAUCACCAGUCGUUAAUUGAACCGGCCACUGUGUGCAAACUUACGGCGCUCAUCCAUAAAAGUACCGGAGAAGUUGUAAAGAAAAAGCCACGUUGUCUGGGCAAUAAUUCCUGUGCUCUCGUGGAAGUGGAGACGUCUCGGCCCAUUUGCAUUGAACGAUACGCUGAUUUCAAGGAGCUGGGUCGUAUUAUGAUGCGUGUGGCUGGUGUAACGAUUGCCGCUGGCAUGGUCACUAAAAUACGUUGAGAGUGCUUAUUUAUUUUUACGAAAUUUUAGUUAAGUCCCAAUGCUAUUUUGUUUUUGCUAUGCAAAUAUAUUAUACACACAUUUCAAAAUUAAAAACAAAACGGCUGCAAUGGACGUAGUCAUGUGCAAUACAUUUAUCGUAGUGCUUAUCGUUAUCGCUGCGAAUGGCAGCACCCACGAGGACCCAGUCUGGCAGCACUAGAUGAAUCAUUGAGUUAGACAUAAGCAUAAGCGCCGAAUAAAGAGUUUGUUUGCUUAAAAA